AUGGAUGACAUUUCCUUUGAAUCGCCGAAUUCUCAUCGGAAGUUACUGGGAAGUUGUGGAGUUGGUUGAGAAUCGGUCACACUUUCCAGGCCUUGGGAUGUUUGGAUUUGAAUGGGAACACUCAGAUUGUUGAAGGGAAUGAUUCAAAAACCGGAAAAUGUUCAUUUUGUAGAUUAGUGACGCAUUUAGAAAAUAUUCAGACAAAAAAAAAUUAAUUUUUUUAAUUUUAUGUGGACCUGGGGGAACGAAAAAUGAAAUUAAAAAGGAAUCUUCCGAAAAAAAUUUUUUGUUUGGUAGAUUCCUUCAAACUAUUGUUCUACCAGCGAUUUUUAGUAGUCGUGAUUUUUUCUCUAGUUUUCAAAUCACUGAAAAUGUGGUUCUAUUUGAAAUUUAACUGAUUUGGAGUUUUCAGACACUUUUUAAAGAGGUUAUAGUCUUUCUAAUUAUUUCCGUACUUUUAUUCGAUAUCUCAAUGAUCAAAAAAUACUCUAAUUACCCAAACAACGGAAAAAGUACCGUAUCAAGAGAAGAAAGUCGGUUCCGCCUGACCUCGGAUCACAUUUCUUCCUAACGAGGAGCUAAUUUCAUGGCGAUCGGUGAGAGUUUUCGCACUUUUCCUUGGUUUUCUCGCUUCUUUGCCUUCUCAAAAAGUUAUAUAAUGCCCAUUAGUAUAUUUGGAUCAUUAGUGAAAGGAUGAGAAAUGAAAGAAAAUAAAGUACUUUUCUAAUUGAAAAAGGGUUUUCCAACAUGAAAAAAAGACAUUUAAUCCUAACCUUUUUAAUAACAGACUCGACGAAUUCAUUUUGGGGCAUCAAGAAGCGAAUUUGAAGAUGAUUUCCGGUGAAGAAGGUCUCCUGAAGCUUUUCUGAAAUCGAAAAAAGGAAAGCGCGUCAAGGAGGGUUUGUGGUGAGUUCAUCCGCGACGCAAAGUCACAUACUGCCAAAAAAAUCAAUUUGAAAAAUUUUUUUGUUCAAAAAUUUUUUUCCAGUUGAAAAAAAGCCUCCCGGUACGUUCAAAGUUCAUUUUGAGGCGGAAAUUCGGCUGAAGAGAUCAUUCAGAUUAAUCAAUUGACUUAAAUUCAUCAUUUGAGUCUAAUUAUUUAAUAUUUUGUGUACAUUUUCUAUUCGAUUCUAUCUACUUCGACAAUAUAUUUUGAAUUUGAAUGCUUAUAAGACUUUUCAGUUUGAAAAAAUUGCAAAAUUUUUCGUUUGAAAUUUUUUCAGUUGAAGAAACUUCCCAGUUCGUUCGAAGUUUAUUUUGAGGCGGAUAUCAGGUUGAAGGAAUUAUCCUAGGUUCAAAAAGAUCAUUCAGAGCUAAUUCGCCAAAUCCUAAAUUUACUUUGCUAGCAAUUUAUAAAGCAUUCGUAUUGAAUUUGAGUGUUUUAUCAUAUUUUGCGCAACUUUUCUUUUGAUUUUGUUACCGAUGCUUUUGUUGUUUUAAGUGCUUUCACUUCAUUUCGGGGCUCAUGAUUCUUUUUCAGAACCUUUGUUCGAGAAUCCGUCUCUCUGUGUUCAAGGAUUUUUCACUACAGAUAACAGGAUCUUUCGGUGUUUUAUGUGAUCUUGAUUGUUUUCAUGGUAUUGCUUUUCAGAUACCAAUUCUCGACGUUUUUUUUUUUGAAGUACAGGAAAGACGGCGAUACAUAAUAGAGAUUCAUCGUUUUACUCCUGGUAAGCAUUUUUUCCGAAAACAUUUUUGUUUCAAAAUUCAGAAUUUCUCGAAAAUCAGCGAGCUGAUUCAUGUGGAUCUCGUGAUUUUAUUGGCUGGCGAUAAAUUUCAAUGGAAAGUGGUCCGUUUCGAGGAGAAAUCGGAGGAUUCCAACUUUGUACAAUGGAAGAACUGGACCAAAAUCGACAUGGGAUCCAAAUUUUGCUUCAUUAUCGAUUGUGUAAGUGUUUUUUUUUAAUGAAGCAUGUCUUCGUGUGGUUUUUAUUUCAUAUUUUUCGAAACAAUUUUUUUUUUCGAUGGUGCUAAUAAUUUUUAUAACUAGAAAAGACAAGGAGAAAACUUGACACUAUUUUCAGAGUUCAUUUGGGCUUUUUCCUAUAAAUAUUUGUUCCAAAGAUACCUCAAACGAUAAUUUUCAAACUGAGCAGUGCUUUUCGAAUUUAUUCCUUCAGGUUACUUUAUAAUGCCGUGUUCAAAGUAAUUUCCGCGAAAUGCAAAAUGGUCUCUGACCCUCCAAAAUUUAGUUAUCUUUCUCUUUCUCUGACGGCUAUUUUGAAUUUUGCGGAAUCACUUUGAACACGGCAUAACAUUACAACAAAACCGAAAAAUCGGAAAGGGGAAUGUGUCAAGUCGCUCUCGCCUGUCAUUCCUGCUGACCCCGGAUCACUUUUUCCAAAAUAGGCGCUAAUUUUGUGACGAAACGCGACAGUUCUCGCACCCUUCCUCCUUUUUCUCGCUUUCUUGUCAACUUUAAAAAAAUUAUAUAUGCCUUUCUAUUUUAUUGGCCCAUGUUCUUUACUGCUGGGUUUUGCUCUUAAAAACGCUUUAUAGAACACAAGGAAAUCUGAAGAAACCUUUAAAAGAAAUUUUAGAUUGUAUCAAAGGCGAAUUUUAACAAUUCUAUUCAGGAAUGA